GGGCUCGGGCCGUUGCGGCGGUCGCGACACGUGGCGCGGCGGGCCGGCCCCGCUGGCGGCAUGGCCGCGGCGGCCGAGGCGGCGGGUGGCGGCGGCAGCAGCCGCCACGAAAAGAGCCUGGGGCUGCUGACCACCAAGUUCGUGUCGCUGCUGCAGGAGGCCAAGGACGGCGUGCUGGACCUCAAAGCGGCUGCUGAUACCCUUGCUGUGAGGCAGAAGAGAAGGAUCUAUGAUAUCACCAACGUUUUGGAGGGGAUUGAUCUCAUUGAGAAGAAGUCAAAAAACAGCAUUCAGUGGAAAGGAGUAGGUGCUGGCUGUAAUACAAAAGAAGUGAUAGACAGGCUGAGGUAUCUAGAAGCUGAAAUUGAAGAUCUAGAACUAAAAGAAAAAGAACUGGAUCAGCAGAAACUGUGGCUUCAGCAAAGUAUCAAGAAUGUCAUGGAUGACUCUACAAACCACCAAUUUUCAUAUGUCACUCAUGAAGACAUCUGUAACUGCUUCAAUGGAGACACACUUCUAGCAAUUCAAGCACCUUGUGGUACACAGUUAGAAGUACCUAUACCUGAAAUGGGACAGAAUGGACAGAAGAAAUACCAGAUCAAUCUUAAAAGUAGUUCAGGACCUAUCCACGUGCUGCUUAUAAAUAAAGAAUCAAGCUCCUCCAAGCCCAUGGUGUUUCCAGUUCCUCCACCUGAUGACCUUGCACAGCCCUCAUCUCAACCUGCAGCUACAGCAACUCCCCUUAAACCUGCUACAGCUCCUCAAAAUCCACCAGAACAACAUGAUCUGAACCAAGGACAAGAGUUACCCCAGACAUCAGCUGCAGACACAACAUCAGAUGGCAUUGUGCAGCAGAACAAUACAACCCCAGCAGCAACUUACUCCAGCCUUCCUGAGCCGGCGUUGUACCCCAGCCUUUCAGGAGAUGGCGCCCAAGCUACAGCUAGCUCCAGUGACUACCAGGGCUUGCUGCCCCUGGACGUCAACUGCAUUCUCAAGCCAAACUCUUUCGACAUAGCAAAGAUCGAGGAGCCUGCAGGAAAUAUCAGUGGGGAUAUUAUUGAUGAACUCAUGUCAUCUGAUGCUGAUAUAGCAAGUUGAAUCACCAAGUAUGCAACAUGGUCCGGAGCCAGCAUCAAGGCAAGCUGCGAGAAGAGAGCCCAGAGCCUGGUAAGGGAGGUUGGGGUCAGGAACCUGACAGAAAGGAGCAAACCUUCCCCUAGCAGUAUCUGCGCAUGCCACUGAAGCGAGCCACUCUGUUAAACCAUACCCUGAAUUACACCAUCAGUGAUGCUGCAAUGUACUGUUGUGAACAUAAACUCACUCAACUCCUGACAUUGUCCUCAGCAUGACAUUCCCUUGGUGGUUUAGUCUGUGCCAGGUUUUGGUAGCGGGGGGAGCUACAAGGGUGGCUUCUUCAAACAAAUAUCUGCCAGAAGCUUCCCUGUAGCUGAGAGGGCCAAUGCCAGUCCAUUCUAAGAUGGACCCCGCACCUGACCAAGGCCUGGCCCAUUAGCGAUGGAGAGAAUACCUCUGUGAUUAAUGUACUGGAGAAGAAGCAGCAGAAGGGAGGGAGAAUGUGAGAACAUCUCCACAGAGACCAAGGUCAGAGGAAAAAGUAGACGGAGUAGGUGCCCAGGCACUGGAAGAGAGAUUCUCCAUGUGACCUGUGGUGCCGCCCAUGGUGAGACCCUGCCUCUGCAGCCAUGGAGGCCACGGUGGAGCAGAGAUCUACCUACAGACCAGAGAAGACCCCACACCAGAGCAGGUGGAUGCCCAUAGAAGACUGUGACCCUGUGGGAAGCCUAUGCUGGAGCAAGUUUCUGUCAAGACCUGUGAACCUGUGGAAAGAGGAGCCCACAAUAGACCAGGUUUGCUGUCAAGACUCGCGACCUCAUGGGGAAACCACACUGGAGCAGUUUGUUCCUGAAGGACUGUUCUCCCCUGGAUGAGUCCCACACUGGGGCAGUUUGUGAAGAACUGCAUCCUCUGGGAAGGACCCAUGCUAGAGAAGUUAAUGGAGAACUAUCUCCCGUGGGAGAGAUACCACACUGUAGCAGCAGGAAGCGUGAGGAGACCUCCCUGGAGAAGAAGCAGCAGCAACGUCCAUCUGUGAUAAACUGUGCCAGUGAGGGUGGGGUGAGAUGUUUUAAGAUUCCAUUUUUAUUUCUCAUGUCCCUGCUCUGUUUUGAUUGCUCAUUAAUAAAUCAAACUAUU